GAAAAAUUCAGUCGUCGGAAAAGUUUCGCUCUGAACGGUUUGAAAAGCAAAUUAAGAGCGAAAAGAUUUUUCUUUUAAAUUUUCAUCAUCUUUGGAAAUCUUUAAUUUGUUAGCACAUUUGUAAAAAAACUAUAAUUUAAGUGCCUUAAUAAGUCAGAGCGAGACUUCUGAUUUACUACACAUCAACAAAUAACAAGCAUAAACAACAAUCAAACUGAGUACAUCUACUCAGAAAGAAGAGACAGACCGGGUUUUGUGAGAAGAAAUACGUUAGUUUAAAGUAGAAACAACAAAAAAAGAGGGAGAGAAUAAAGUUCAACCGGCAAAAUGGCACAACCACAAGCAUUAGGAGAUUUUCUUCAGAGUCAAUCUGUACAGCCUCGUGACUAUUGCGAUAUCGAAGAAGAAAUGAUUGAAGCUGAACGUGAUUUAGCAGAGGAUGCAGAGUGGAAGCGCAUCCAACAAAAUACAUUUACAAGAUGGGCUAAUGAGCACUUGAAAAUCAUCGAUAAGACACUUAUGAGUUUAGAGACUGAUUUAUCUGAUGGUCUUGCGCUCAUUGCACUCGUUGAAGUCUUGUCACAAAAGAAAAUGAGCAAGCACAACAAACGACCAACUUUUCGCUCACAAAAAUUGGAGAAUGUCUCCGUUGCAUUAAAAUUCCUUGAACGCGAAGGAAUUAAGAUCAUCAAUAUCGAUUCCACUGAUAUUGUUGACUGUAAAUUGAAAUUGAUCCUUGGUCUUAUCUGGCUUUUGAUUCUUCACUAUUCAAUUUCAAUGCCAAUGUGGGAUAGUGACACUGAGGCACCAAAUGACAAACAAACACCAAAACAACGAUUACUUAAUUGGGUUAAAAAUAGAGUUCCUGAAUUGCCCAUUCAUAACUUUACAACGGACUGGAAUGACGGUAAAGCUAUCGGUGCUCUUGUUGACAAUGUCGCACCUGGCUUGUGUCCUGAUUGGGAAUCAUGGGAUCCUAAGGAUGCUCUUCAAAAUGCAACAGAAGCAAUGGGAUUAGCUGAUGACUGGCUCGGUGUUCGUCAACUUAUUAAACCUGACGAAAUGACAAAUCCAAAUAUUGACGAACAGUCAAUGAUGACAUAUCUUUCACAAUAUCCAAGUGCCAAAUUGAAGGGUGGUGCUCCAAUUAGACAACGUACUAAUCCAAAUAGUGUUCCACCUCCGCGAGUACGUUGCUAUGGACCAGGAAUUGAGCCUUCAGGACCAAUCGUUGGCGCUCCAGCUAAUUUUACGGUCGAAACUUUCUCUGCUGGAAAGGGAAAUGUUGAAGUAACUGUCUUGAAUCCAAAUGGUUUACCAGAACAAGUUGAUUGUCGUUUCAAUAAUGAUAAGGCAUUGACAUAUUCUGUUUCAUAUAUCCCAAAAAUGGAAGGUCAACAUAAAGUCGUUGUCAACUUUAAUGGUCGCGAUGUUCCAAAGAGUCCUUUCGACGUUAAAGUCGAGGGUGUUGCUGGAAAUGCAGAAUUAGUUACAGCUAGUGGACCAGGUUUACAAGCUGAUGGUGUUAUGGUUAAACGUCCAACAUACUUUGAUAUCCACACUAAGGAUGCAGGAAAAGGCGUACCUGAAGUUAUUAUCUUAGAUCCACAAGGUCAUAAGACAUCUGUUGCAGCUAAAGUUCGUCAAAUUGAAAAUAACUUGUGGAGAUGUGAUUAUACACCUGGUGCCGUUGGUUUACACUCUGUUAACGUAUUUUAUGCUGGAAAAGCAAUUCCAAACUCACCAUUUGGCGUUCGUGUUGCACCAACAUCUGAUUCGAAGAAAGUUCGUGCUUUUGGACGUGGUUUACAACCAACAGGCGUUAGAAUUGGAGAUGUUGCUGAUUUUAGAAUUUCAACUGAAGGAGCAGGCGAUGGAGUUCCACAUGUUCAAAUUCUCGGACCUGGAGGUCAAAAUACUCAAUUUGAACUUAAAGGUAUCAAUAACUCUACAUUUGAUGGAUAUUAUAAGCCUACAAAGGAAGGCAGAUAUCGUGUCAUGAUAACAUUUGCUGGUCAAGAAAUCCCAAAAUCACCAUUUGAUGUCGUAGUUGGUCCAAAGAAGGAGUCAUCUAUAAAAGCUUUCGGACCAGGUCUUCAUAGUGGAAUUGUUAAUAAGCCUGCAAGAUUUGUCGUUGAAACAAAUGGCGAAACUGGUGCUUUAGGAUUCUCAGUCGCUGGUCCAAGUCAAGCUAAAAUUGAAUGCCAUGAUAAUGGUGAUGGAAGUGCUUUGGUUACUUAUCAUCCAACAGCUCCUGGUGAAUAUGCUGUACAUAUUUUGUGCGAUGAAGAGGAUAUUCCAAAGAGUCCAUUUAUGUCACAAGUUAUCGUUUCUCCAUCUGACAUUCAUCCUGAAAGUGUCAAAGUUUAUGGUCAAGGCAUUGAACCAAAUAGUGUUGAUGUCGGUAAAAAGACUCAAUUUACAAUUGAUCAUAAACAAGCAGGUGUUGCACCAUUGGAAGUUAAAGUAAGCGAUAGUAUUGGACGACCAGUUGCAGUGCAAGUAGUAGAAACAUCUGAGAAUGUUAAGCAAGUCUAUUAUACAGCUACAACAACAAAACCAUUAACGGUUGAAGUCAAUUAUGGAGGAGUUGCCGUUCCUAAUUCUCCUUUCCGUAUCUAUGCAAAUGCUCCAUUAGAUCCAUCAAAAGUUCAAGUUUUCGGACCAUUUGUUGACAAUCCAGAUGUAAAACCUAAUCAAGCAACUCAUUUCAUAAUCGAUGCCGCUGAGGCUGGUAAUGGAGAUUUGGAAGUCAGUGUAAUCAAUGAUGCCACAAAACAAGCAGUGCCAGUCAAUUUGAUUGAUAAUGAAGACAACACUUAUACUGUUGAAAUUACGCCAGAAACUCCAGGAACUUAUACAACAAACUUGACCUAUGGAGGAUUAAAAGUGCCAUUCAAUAAGAAAACAGUCAUUACAAGUGCACAAACCAGCACAGUUGAUGUCUCGAAAGUUCAAGUUGAAGGAUUAGAACAGACUGCACCAGUGAAUAGUCUUCAGCAAUUUCGUAUUGUAACGAAUGAUGUUAAAGCAGCGGAUUUACAAGUGACGAUAACAAGUCCAUCGGGAAAUAGAUUAAAAGCUCACAUAAUCAAUACAGAAGAUGGAUUUUUAGUAAAUUUUACACCGACACAAGUGGGACAGUAUUUAUUAUUUAUAACAUUUGGAGGAAUUCCAUUAUUGACUGAACCAUAUUUAUUACACUGCCUAAAAGAAAGUGAUCCCAAAAAAGUAUUUGCCACUGGACCUGGCCUUCAUUCCGGAAUAGUAAAUAAACCUGCUGAAUUUAUAAUCGAUACAAGAGCUGCCGGACAAGGUGCUCUAGGCGUGACUGUUGAAGGACCUAGUGAAUGUCAUUUAAAUUGUAGAGAUAAUGGUGAUGGAACAUGCAAUAUUGCAUAUUGGCCAACCGAAUGUGGACAUUAUACAGUCAAUGUUACAUUUAAUGAUUAUCACAUAACAGGAUCUCCGUUUCAAGUUAUGAUUUAUCCCGUACCAAAUUUAGAGCGCGUUACCGUCUGUGGCACGGGAAUUGAAAUGCACGGUGUCGUUAUGAAUGGACAGACUGAAUUCAAAGUAGACAUGGCAAAGUUAGGACAGAAAAUUGAUACUAGCAAAUUAACAUGCUCAAUUACAGCACCAAGUGGCAAAAAUGUCCCAAGUAAAAUUAUAUCUACGAAUGAGGUCUUUAAAAUCCUUUAUACACCAUUUGAAGCUGGACGUCAUACAAUUGAAUUAAGUUAUGAUAAUGUCCCAGUUCCUGGUUCUCCAUUUGUUAUUCAUGUUAAAAGUGGAUGCGAUCCAAGCCGUUGUAAAGCAUUUGGAGCUGGAUUACAAGGAGGACAAAUCAAUCAAAAAGCUAAAUUUACUGUAUCAACUCGUGAAGCUGGUAUUGGAGGUUUAUCUUUUGCAAUUGAAGGACCAUCAGAAGCCAAAAUGUCAUGUGUUGAUAAUCGUGAUGGAUCAUGCGAUGUUGAAUUUUUACCAACUGAACCCGGUGUUUAUGAUAUUUCAGUUCGUUUUGCUGAUAAGCACAUUCCGGGCUCUCCAUUUAAGAUUCUUAUUGACGGUCCAACACAAGUUUUAACUGGAGAUUAUCGCAGUGUUAAGCUCUAUGGUCCAGCUGUUGAAACUCUUCAAGUUUACGAAGGAAUUCCAGCUAGUUUCUUUAUUAAUGUCGAGAAUGCUGGCGCUGGAUUAAUUGGAGUUGAAAUGGUUUCAAGCGAAGGAGGUGCAGUUGAAAAUUACGAAGUAGAAGAACGUGGUGAUGGCAAUUAUUUAGUAACUUUCAUCCCACCAAAACAAAAUACAACAAUCACAGCUAAAGUCUCAUUUGCUAAGCAAAAUGUCCCUCAUUCUCCAUUUGUUAUGCGUGUUUUGCCACCAGUUGCAAUUAAGAGUGGAAAUUUGGUCAUGUCUGGAGAUAUUUCAAAGAAGAGCUUGAACGCUUCAGUUCCUGCAUCCUUCCAAGUUGAUACAAGCAAAGCUGGAAAUGGUGAAAUUCGUGUUGUCAUUGCAAAUCCACAAGGCAAGCCAUUGAUACCAAAAUUAGAACGUGGAGCUGAUGGAAAAUAUUCAGUAAGCUUCGUACCCGAUGAAUUAGGACCAUACAACGUUUCCGUUUUAUACGCUGGUAAGGAAAUUGAAGGUUCACCAUUUAUUUUAGAAUCAAAUGCAUCAGGAGAUGCCAAUAAAUGCAAGUUUGUCAAUAAUGCUGCUGAAAAAGUAAUUUUUGGCAAGAAGAAUCGAUUGACAGUUGAUGCAAGAGAAGCAGGUGCAGGAAAUGUCACUUGCAGAAUCAAUAAAUCAUCUGACGGAAAGGCAAUUGAUACAGAGAUUGUUGAAAAAGAUGGAUUCUUCGAUAUCUUCUACAUGCUUACAGAGCCAGGCACUUAUGAUGUUGAUGUCAAGUUUGGAGGAAAGCAAGUUCCAAAUGGCUUGAUGCGAAUGACGGCUGUAGAAAGUCUAUCAUCGAGCGAGGAGCUACAAGAAGUGACUGCCAUCGAAAAGCAUACAAAAGUCAGCUACUCAAAAGAAGAAUAUACUGAAUCAACUGUAAGAGAAACAAACAAAUACACUCAAAUCCAAUCAUCACUAGAUCAGUUCCUGAACACUGAAAGAGAUCAUACAAAUAACUACAUCACAUCUAACGGUGUCGAAACAAAGAAAAACGGACACUAUUAUCAUACAAACGGCAAACAAGAGGAAGAACAGUUUAAACAAGAAGUUGUAGAAACUCUACAUAGUUCACAUAAGGAAGAAGAGCAUACUUUCCGAAGUUUUACACUUGACAAACUUGUAAUAUCAAAUUCAGUUAAUUCUCUAACUCAUAAUAUUGAAGCUGACGUUAAAAUGCCUAGUGGAAAUAUUGAUAAACCAACAAUUGAAGAUAAUCAUGAUGGAACUGUAUCCAUUCGUUAUGAUCCACGCGAGGAGGGUGCUCACGAAUUAACUCUCAAGUAUAACGGUGAAAAUGUUCAAGGUUCACCAUUUAAAUUUUAUGUUGAUUCCAUUUCAUCUGGUUUUGUGACUGCAUACGGACCUGGAUUAACUCAUGGCGUUACUGGCGAGUCUGUAUUCUUUACAAUCUCAACAAAAGGAGCUGGUGCAGGUGGUUUGUCAAUGGCUGUCGAGGGACCAAGCAAAGCUGAGAUAAGCUACAAGGACAACAAGGAUGGAACUGUAGCAGUCAGUUAUUUACCAACAGCACCAGGAGAAUAUAAAAUUUCUGUCCGUUUUGGUGACAAGAAUAUCAAAGGUUCUCCAUUCUUUGCUAAGAUUACUGGCGAAGGACGUAAACGCAAUCAAAUAUCUGUCGGAUCAUGCUCGGAAGUUACUUUCCCUGGCAAAAUUUCAGAUAAUGAUCUUCGUUCACUUAAUGCUUCUAUUCAGUCACCAUCGGGCUUAGAAGAACCUUGCUUUUUAAAACGCAUGCCAUCAGGAAACAUUGGCAUUUCAUUUACACCACGUGAAGCCGGCGAACAUAUUGUAUCUGUUAAGCGUUUGGGAAAGCACAUUAAUAACUCGCCAUUUAAAGUUAAUGUAGCUGAACGAGAAGUUGGUGAUGCGAAAAAAGUUAAAGUAUCAGGAGAGGCAUUGGAAGAGGGUGUAACACAUGCAGAAAAUUUCUUUACCGUCGAUACACGUAAUGCUGGUUAUGGUGGAUUAUCGUUGUCAAUUGAAGGUCCAAGUAAAGCUGAAAUUGUUUGUCAGGAUAAGGAAGAUGGAACAUUAAAUAUUUCCUAUAAACCAACUGAGCCUGGAUAUUAUGUUGUAAAUUUGAAAUUUGCUGAUCAUCAUGUUGAAGGAUCUCCAUUUACUGUCAAAGUUGUUGGAGAUGGAACUAAUAGAAAGCGUGAAAAGAUUCAACGUCAACGUGAAGCAGUUCCAGUUACAGAAGUCGGAAGUCAGUGCAAAUUAUCAUUUAAAUUGCCUGGCAUUACAUCAUUCGAUUUAUCAGCUCAAGUCACUUCACCAGGCAAUGUAACGGAAGAUGCUGAAAUGCAAGAAAUUGAAGAUGGAUUAUAUUCAGUCUUUUUCGUUCCAAAAGAAUUGGGAAUUCAUACAGUAUCUGUUCGCUACAAGGAAAUGCAUAUUCCAGGUUCGCCGUUCCAAUUUACUGUCGGUCCUUUACGUGAUACUGGUGCUCAUUUGGUCAAAGCUGGUGGACCUGGCUUAGAUCAUGGUGAAGUUGGUGAAAAGAAUGAGUUUAAUGUUUGGACACGCGAAGCUGGUGGUGGAACUUUAGCUAUUUCAGUUGAGGGACCAAGUAAAGCUGAAAUUGACUUUAGAGAUCGUAAAGAUGGAUCUUGCGAUGUAUCUUAUGUCGUAUCUGAGCUUGGUGAUUAUCGUGUUGGAAUUAAAUUUAAUGAUCGUCAUAUACCUGACUCACCGUUCAAAGUUUACAUUCAACCAUCGAUGAUUGAAGCACAUAAAUUAGAAGUUGCACAAUUUCCCGACGGUCCAGUUCAACCUGAUAAGCCAGCUCAAUUUAUUGUCCGUAAAAAUGGUGCACAAGGUGCUUUAGAUGCAAAAGUCGUUGCACCAUCAAAUACAGAAGAUGACUGCUUCAUUCAAUUAAUGGAUCCUGACAAUUAUUCAGUUCGAUUCUAUCCACGCGAAAAUGGCAUUCAUGCAAUCCAUACAAAGUUCAAUGGCGUUCACAUUCCUGGCUCGCCGUUCCGUAUUAAGGUAGGAAAAGAUGAUGCAGACCCAGCAUCUGUUCAUGCAAGCGGCGAUGGAUUGCACGAAGGUAAAACUGGUCAAAAAGGAGUUUUCAUAAUUGACACUUGCAAUGCUGGAUGUGGCUUAUUGUCAGUAACAAUGGAUGGUCCAUCAAAAGUUUCAAUGGAUUGUACAGAAGUCGAGGAAGGUUAUAAGGUUCGUUAUACGCCAUUACUUCCAGGAGAUUACUAUUGCACGAUCAAAUAUAAUCAUUGUCAUAUUGUUGGAUCUCCAUAUAAAAUUGUCGUUGACGGUGAGAAACUUGCUGACGGUGGUGGACAAGAAACAACAACUGUAAAUGUCGAUACAGUCGUUAAAUUUGCUAAAACUGGAAAGAGCACAGGGCCUUUUAUUCCUGUGUUUAAUUCAGAUGCCAAUAAAGUUCAAGCUAAAGGUUUAGCUCUUAAAAAAGCCUACAUAGGAAAACAAAACAAUUUUACUGUUAAUUGUAGUAAUGCUGGAAACAACAUACUUUAUGUAGGAAUGUACGGACCAAAAGGACCAUGCGAGGAAUGUUAUAUCAAGCAUACAGGACGUAACAAUUAUAGCAUCAACUAUGUAGUACGUGAAAAAGGCGAAUAUGUUUUGAUGGUAAAGUGGGGUGAAGAACAUGUUCCUGGAAGUCCAUACAGAGUUGAAUGUUAAGCGAUGAAGAGCAAAUAUAUGUUUAGCAGAUUAGUCAUCAGUUAUUAAGACAAUUUAAUUUUUUUUUUAUUGAAUUAAAAUGAAGAACCAGAUCUGAUGUGAGAGACAUUGUUUAUCCUCAUCCCAUGGUGUUCUAUAAAUUUGCAUGAGAGAACUUUUUAUUAAUUUUUAAACUUCGUUAUCAGUUGCAUUGUAUUUUAUCUCUUCAUUACUAUCAUUAUUAGUAUAUUGAAUAAGCGACUUUAUGCGUCAUUGAGUUUUUAUCCCACUCUCCACUUUUUAUUAUAUAAAAAUUUUAUGCCAUAUGAUUAAAGCGAACAUAUUAUGUAUUCAAUACUAUCUUCCUUAAUUAAUUAUCAAUACAUUUUUUUGUGUUUUCAUAAAUUUUUUUUUUGAUGAAAUUAUGUAUUUUUUUGAAAAAGAAGAAAAACAUUGAAAAAAAUUGCAAUAAAAUUAUACAAAAAUUGAUA